GUAUAUGUACCACCUGAGUACUUGCUUUCAAGCUGACGAUUUAUCUGAGUUUGAUAAAGGACAAAUUUUGAUGGCAUGCUGCCUCGGAACUUCGAUCUUGGAAACAGCACGCUUUGUGGGUUGUUCAUGUGAUGCUGUAGUGAGUACAUAUCAAAUGUGUUGCACGGAUGGCCAAACGAUAAACCGCAGCCGUGUGUUGUACGCAGCUCAGGCUGUGGCAGCAGGGCCACUGUGCGACAAAUCACCAGCAUCUACAAAAGUGGUGACCAGGGUGUCACAACUCACAGCACACAAUUCAUCACAGCCUUCUGCGUAUGGGCCUGCGUAGCCAACGACCCAGCCGGGUCCCCAUGCUAACUGCACACCAUCACCAACAAAGCAUGAAAUGGGCCCAAGAUCAUCAAGAUUGGACCAUGGAUGAUUGGAAGAAAGUGGUCUGAUGAAUCAAGAUUCCUGGUGCAUUACAUAGACGGGCGAGCGAGGAUACACCGAUUACCAACAGAGGCUAUGGCACCUGGAUGCACUUUUGAGCAGAAACAAGCCGGCAGUGGUGGUGUUAUGCUGCGGGCGAUGUUUUCUUGGGACACUUUAGGCCCCAUUAUCCCAACAGCACAAUCCCUGACAGCUGUCAAGUAUCUGAACAUUGUUGCGGACCAAGUGCACCCUUUCGUGGCAACUGUGUUCCUUGGCCAUUACCAAAAUGAUAAUGCGCCAUGCUCCAAAUUCAAAUUUACAUGGCCACUGUUUUGUUUGCUAAAGGAGGUCCUACAGGUUAUUAGAUGGGUGGUCAUAAUGUAAUGGUUAAUCUGUGUGUGUGUGUAUAUAUAUAUAUAUAUAUAUACAGUAUACUGUAUUUACUCAACUUUUUCAUAUUGUCAACAGGUCUGUGGUUUGUGCCAACAGUGCCCAUCUACAGAGCGACUAAAUAUGCAGUUGUGGGAUUCAGCCGUGCUAUUGCAGUAUGGCUGUUGCUAUGAAGUCCAACCUUGGGGUGAGGAUCAACAUUCUCUGUCCAGGUGUGGUGAAGACUAACCUGCUGUCCUCUCCUAAUUUAGAGGACCAUUUCGGACAGUUUUCGGAAUUAGAGGGACUGAAGGAGAUGGUUCUGGAGAGAAACGACUUUGAGGUGCCUGAUGAUGUUGCCAAGGCCUCCCUUAUUCUUGUGACAGAUGAAAGCAAGAACAGAGAAAUUUUGAAGAUUGAUGCUGAUGGUAUGGAGUUCAUAUCCCUUCCUGAGCCAUGCGAAAGUAGCCAAUCAGCUUCUUUCUCUGCCACAGCCAAAACUUUCAGAGCUGAUUCCUAAUGCCCGAUUAGAAAUGAAAUGUUAAAGGCUUUGGCAGAGCUCCUAUAAAUUUGGCAGGUUGAGAAUGUACUAAUAUUCCUCAGUUCUAGUUGGCAGUAGACAAUAUGAAAACUUGAGGCAGGCCUAAUAUACUGUAGGUCUUGACUAAAUAAAAGAUCAGGUGAAAGGU